UCACCCACAUUCCCACACACACUCACACACAACAGCAGUAAACCGGUUCAGUGUUGUCGGCACCGUGUAAACGCGAUCUCGUCUUGAUCCGGAUCACUGGAUCCAGGGACUCACGGUGUGCAUCCGUUUUGCUGCGCGGCUCCGCCCGGUGUGCGGUGCGGUGCGGGGACUACACGCAUCUGAGAGUUUUAGUGGAGCGGCAGCGGCGGGAGAGGAGGACUCGUAUUUCUCCGGACAAAGGGAACGAGGGAGGAAAGUGAAGGAAAAAGAGGAAAGAUUGGAAGAAGCGAGGGAUGAAAAUGGAUUAUUCUCUUCUCACAGUCAUCAUCUGUGUUUUCACGCUCGGUGGGUGCUCGGCCCGAGUGGUGAAGGUGUCUCCCGGUCCACUGAUCCGGGUGGAGGGUCAGCCAGUCUCCAUCCGAUGUGAAGUCAGCGAGUAUUCGGGACCUCGUGAGCAGGAUUUCGAGUGGAUGAUGUCGAGGGAGGCGAGCGCAACCAAGCUGAAGAUCAUCUCCACCUUCGACGCCACCUACUCCCAGCCAGCCUUCAGCAAGCGCGUGGCGUCCGGCGACAUCUCGGUGGUGAGGCUCAGCGACAACGAGAUGGAUCUGAAGAUAGCCGAGGUGAAGGCGCUGGACGCCGGGCUCUACAGGUGCCAGACGCCGAGCACGGACUCCGUCAUGAGCGGCAACUACGAGGCUCAGGUCCAGCUCAUUGUCAUUCCCAACACCCUCAGCGUCACCCCGCAGACCCCGCCCCCAGAGGUCCCGGAGGGCAGUGACAUCACGCUCUCCUGCAGCGUCACCCGCACCCUCACCCAGCCCACCUACCUGUCCGUCACCUGGUCGCUGAAGAACGGCGCCACGUCGGAGGAGGUCCUGACGUUCGGGCCCCAGGGCGGAGUGGUGACAGGGCCGAAGUUCACCCGGCGCUACACCGACGGAGGCAUCCGAUUGGUCCCUGGGAAGAACGGACAGUUUGACCUGGUGAUAUCGAGAGUGACCACGUCCGACGGCGGCACCUACGAAUGCAACGGAACGGAGUGGACACAUGAGAGUGGAGGGAAAUGGAUCAAAAUCGUGGAGAACACCAAAGAGAUGGGGACUGUUAAAGUUAUUCCUACAGGUCAGUCCCUCAGUGUGAAGGCCACGUCCCCCUCCACGCCGCCGCUCCUCUCCCCCGGCGACACGCUGACCCUCCUCUGCUCCGUCGCGGCCGACAACCUGCAGGCCCUCGCCCUGGAGGUGACCUGGCUGGCCGGCGACCGCGACCUGGUCACCAUGGAGCGCAGCGGGGUGGUGGUCGCCAACGUGUCGGCGAGCGGCGCCCAGGGGACGCGCGGGGAGACGAGCCUGGAGCGGACGGGAGGCGGGGAGUUCCGGCUGGGGGUGAGGGGGGUGAGCAUGGAGGACGGAGGGGAGUACACCUGCCGCGUGCGGGCCUUCAUCGAGAAAGGAGGGAAGAGCGCCGGAGGAGGAGGGAGGUGGCACAUGGCGGCCGAGAAGAGCUCCAGCCCCGUCAUGGUGAAAGUGUCACAGAUCAAGCCGAGCUACACGCUGACCCUUGAACCGGCCGUGAACCCCCAGGUGACGGCUGAACCCACAGAGCUGGCCUGCCACGUCACCAACAUUACCCACGUACCCCUGGGAGGCCGACUGGGCGUCACCUGGGAGCACACCGCACUUCCAGGAGGAGGAGCUGAUGCCAAGACCUCGCAUCACAUCGGCUCCCUGGACGGAAGUGGCAACCUGCUGCCGGGGUCCAUGUACUCCGACCGGCUGAAGGGCGGCGCCAUGUCUCUGACCAGAGUCCAGCCGAACACGUUCAAACUGCGGAUCCUCCGCACUCAGGAGAUCGACAUGGGCCAGUACUCCUGCACCGUGUCUGCGUGGAGCACCAGCAGCCAGGGGGACAUGCUGAAGCUCACAGAGCACAAGAGCUCGCCGGUGACUGUGCGUUGGGAUACAAAACGUCCGACUCUGAACGUCGUGGCCAAACGUGUCCGUGAAGCCUCAGUGGGAGGGGCUACCUUCGAGAUGAGCUGCACCGUGACCACUGAGAACCUCGGGGAGGCGGGCUACUCUGUGCUCAUCCAAUCACAGGAGAGCCUGGAGGGCAACGUGAGAACCAUCAUGACCCUCAGCCCCGAUAAUGUGGUGCAGCACGGAGGAGCCACUGACCCCAACAGGAGGGACAGUUUGGUUCUGACGAAGUCCGGCCCGGCAGAGUUCCGCUUUCGCCUCGCUGGCGUCCAGCUGUCCGACCGAGGGUUCUACUGGUGUGACAUCACGGCAUGGACCAAACAGCAGCCGGGACAAACCUGGACCAAAGCCACGAGCGCCGAGUCCAACAAAGCCAGGAUCGACUUCCAAGAAAAUGGGCCGUCCUUCACCAUCGCCAUCCAAUCAGACGACACCAGUGUGUAUCCGUCGAGAACAGCCAAGAUGGAGUGCUCGCUCAGCGUCUCUGGAUCCUCACCAAAGACUGGUGCGACUCAAGACGACCUGGCGUACGAGGUGCGUUGGUUCUUCACGCGGCUGCGCGGUGGACAGACCACGACCCAGGUGGCCAGCGUCGACCGCUUCGGCAUCGUGAAGACGGAGGAGCGCAACUCCUCCAGCGAAGUGGCCAUCGAGCGCACGGACACGAACACCUACCUGAUGAACAUCUUCGGCACUCAGGACGGUGACAGUGGUGAGUAUUACUGCGUGGCCACGCCCUGGUACCUGUCGGCCGCCACGGGAGCCUGGACUCAAGCCGGAGAGCUGACGUCGUCCCGGAUCUUCCUCACGGUCCAGUUCGCUGUGUGGGACUCUCUACAGUUACCUCUUCUAUACGGUGCGUCGGCCUCAUUAGGUGUGGGCCUCUUCUCUCUGGUCCUGGGUCUGGUCUGCGCCCACUGCUGCUGCCGCAACACCACACACACUCCCCGCUCGCGCAACAAACUGAUGGACCUGGAGAUGGACUGACAAACACUUUCCCCCGCGCCCUCCCACUGCAGCAGCGCUCACAGGAAGCACCACACACUCAACAGACACACGCCCGUGGACGAUUUCUGGGACACGAAGCUGUUUCCGGGGGACGGACGUUGGGAGUAAAACGCUGUGCCGCUUCGGAAGCGGGGGCGUAACUGAGGUGCUCUGGAUUUAUCAGCUCUGCAGUGGAGGACCAGGGGACUGUUUGCUUUUAUUUUUACAAGGACCGCCAAGGAAGUAGCCUUGGAGACUUGUCCACAGUUUGGAGGGACAGGAGACUUUUGAGACAUCACUGCCACUUGGGAAUAAAGGACCACUUACACAUCUGCUGCCUCUGUAACCACUAGGGAUUUCAAGUGGAGCACUCAGGCUGGACGACGACAUGCUUUCCUUUUUCUUAUUUCCUGUAACGCCACGGCUUCCUGCAAAGUGUCUUCCUGAUCCUGUUCUCGGAUCUCAGAGGCACGCCAGCGUACCCUGUUUGAUUUGGGAAGCUGGGCGUUUGGAGAGACGGAGGUGGCUUUUCAUUUCAGCUGUUUGUUUGGACUUUGUGUCUGCAAGGGUUCCAAUCACACGGCUGAAGUCAUUUUGUAUUCGCGGAGGCUGAUGUUUUAGUUCAGCCCGAGCCUUAUAUCUGUCCCGGACGCGGUUUGAGUCCGGGCGGCAGAGAUGCUCCACGUGUUCUCCCCCCACGAGAGGCUUUGCACUAGAACUCCCGCCCCAGAGUAUUCCUACCUUAUCCAAGGGACAAGAUAAACCUUUAUUCUCACCUCUAGUUUUUUGGAAAUUAAGAGAUUUUAAAUCAAGAGACAUUUUUAAGCUUUACAAGGAGAUAUGCAGUCAGUGCGUGUUGUGUGUGUGAGAAAUAGUGUACGUGGUGACGACAUGUGAACAACCCGAGGUGUGCUUGGUUCAUCUUUUGCCAGAUCGACACUUGAACAGCCGCUUAAAGUGGCGACAACAAGCACUCUUCUUUUUAUAGGUAUUCGGAAAAGUGUAUCCAGCUGUUAUCUUUGCCUGAGUCUUGUGUUUUCGUACAGUGUGUGUGAGCGCUGUGUUACAGUGUGCGAGACAAAGAGUUGCAUGUACUGUUUUUUUUGUGAGGCGGAAUGAUGUCAGUCGUGAGCAACACGAGCCCCUUUUUGCAGGGUCUCGUUUUGAUGACAUCAAAGCGCCCCACAUCCAGAUCCUUCAAACCCAGCUGUCACCCCCCCCACCACCCUGAUCAAGACGCCACUGUUCUAAAGACAGUGUGGUCGGCACCAGAAAGUUUUUGAGCAGGAAAAUCUUUUGACUCUUAAAAGAACUGGUGCAGCAUUUUCAGAAAUAUGCUUUUUUUUUCUGAAGCCCUUUCCACCCGGAGUCUGGAUUGGUUAGCUUAGCUUAGCAUAAAGACCGAGAACAGGAGCAAGGGGCCGUUCUGGUUCUGAGAAUGUGUUGGAAAAACAUAGACAAACCGAAAAUGUAAAACUCACAAUUUGCAGUUGUAUAACUAUUUGUUGUGGCAGAUUGAAAAAAAAAAAAUUUCCCCCAAAAAAGUUGGAGGAUUCGAAAUCACUAACUGUUGUUAACAUUAUUGUUCGUCUACAGUUUUAACAAAUACGAUACUGAAAUAAUAACUAAUUUACAAUAUAAUCUCCUGAUUUACUUACUGACUAGCAGGUCCCCUCUGUUUUGUGUUUUUGUGCUAAGCUAAGCUAAACAUGUGCCCGACCCAAUGCCUGCAAACAAGCACAUGUUUUCACAAUGUUCCUUUUGUAAGUGGAUCCAGAGAUGUCGACGCUCAGAACAAGCUGCGCCCCCUUUUCAAAUAAAUGAAGAUGUUUUAUCUCGACCUUAUUAUUUUAUUAGCUUUUAUUACAGUGCACUAAACAGGUAAAGUUGAAAGAAAUUGUGUUUGAAAUCUUGCACCAGUGUUUUAAUGGCAAGUGAAUGAACUUGUGGUGACUGGUGUAUCGUGUUUGACCACACACACACACCCACAGCUCCAGUAUAAACACACAACGUGAGGAAGUUUGUGUUCAAACUCAGCAGGAACCAAUUAAACCUGUUAGUUCAGUAAUAUGACGUGCUGGGCCGGCUGGGCUGGGGCAGAGCUUUGUUUAUACAUUUGAAAUAGUUUUACAAGGUGUUUAAAGCAACUAUCAGAACUUUAUGAGCAAUAUGAGACUCUAUGGUCAAACUUUUUUUCUUUAUUUUAAACAAAUAUUCAAUCUGAUUCAACUCAAAAGGGAAAAAAUCGGACAUCCACAUUGUACACCAGAACAAACCCGAUGAUAUGCGUGUUUUGCUUUGAUUGAUGGUGACAGAAACUUCCAGUAGGUGUCCUUGAACCCAGCCCACUCUGUGUUAGUUCUUUGGCAAUAUUCAAUAUAGGUUUUUACCACUAACAUACGUACAUGAGCUCACAGGUGAAUAAUAGGGCUCUGGGCUUUUAUCUCAUAAGGCAUGUUGACGCACCACGGAAUACGUCAUGGCAAAGCUUCCCCAGUGUCUUUUCAUUUGAUCAUUUUAUCGCAAUGAGUGUGAUGAAUUAUGUUUUUUUUUAAAUAAAUAGAUUUAUAAGAUGUA